UCCACUAAGCGCCUUUCUGCUUAAACCUGAGAUCUGAAGGCUAGAAGCAGAACUGCCUGCUCUGAUCUUCCCUACAAGGGGUUGGAAGUGUUUCCUCAGAAGGGGAUGCUCUAGAAGAUUAAAGGCAAAGACAAGCAGUGGCUCUGCCAGCUUGUAAUCCUGCCCCAAAGGGUCCAGCACAAUGAAGGGAUGUCCAGCACCAAGCGUCCUUUUGCUCAUCUGCCUGCUCUCCUGGGCUUAUUGCAGUGAGAGUGAGCCAGAAGAGAGGACUGGAACACCGACCCAAGCACCACAUCAGCAUCACACUGCCAGGGUUGAGAAAGACUAUGAGAAAUACAACAAGCAGCCCCAAGGCUCUGAGUGUGUACGCUGUUGUGAUCCUCCGGAGCACUUUCCAUCAUAUCCUGUGUACUAUCAACCUUUGCCUCAGAUCAACAUUACCAUCUUGAAAGGUGAGAAAGGGGACCAUGGAGAACGGGGAUUCCAAGGAAAGUUGGGCAAAGUUGGCUCUCCAGGGCUGAAGGGCCAGAUGGGCCCCAAAGGUCAAAAAGGCAGCUUGGGGUCUCCAGGAGAGCGGUACAAGACCACCUAUGCUGCCUUUUCGGUGGGCCGUCGGAAACCCCUGCACAGCAAUGACUACUACCAGACACUGAUCUUUGACACCGAGUUUGUGAACCUCUAUGGACACUUCAACAUGUUCAUGGGCAAAUUCUAUUGUUAUGUGCCUGGUGUGUACUUUUUCAACCUCAAUGUGCACACUUGGAACCAGAAGGAAACCUACCUGCACAUAAUGCGCAAUGGGGCUGAAGUUGCCAUCUUGUAUGCGCAGGCCAGUGACCGAAGCAUCAUGCAGAGUCAGAGUCUCAUGUUAGAUCUGCAGGAUCAGGAUGAAGUCUGGAUACGGCUCUUCAAGGGUGAACGCGAUAAUGCUGUUUUCAGCGAUGAAUAUGAUACAUACGUUACCUUCAGUGGAUACCUAAUUAAGCCCAGCUCAGAGUCCUGAAUCUGCAGGCAGAUGGACAAAAUUCUUAUAAGAACUUCACCUUGCUCCAUCCUUCCAGUUUCUUCCUCAUUAUCGAUUUCUGAUCCUAUGCUUUGUCCUGUGGGACCCACCGCAAUACUGAAAUACUCCUUGGUUCAUCAAUCCCAUAAUACUGACCUGGACAGAUCUUUCCUUCUUUAUCAACCUCUGACCCUUUGCUCUUUUCUCCUCCGUCCACAGCUUUCAGCAUUGUCAUACACACUCACAAACGUAACAACAUAGCACUUGCUCUAGGACUAUCCAUGACCCACAAUUCCUCUCUCCAUUCUCAUCUUAAACUGUAAUUGCCCUUCUUCUGUACAAACAUCUUCAGGGACCAACGUGACUCCUCCCAGCCCUUCCUAUGCAAUGAUUUUGAUUCUGCUCCUGUUUUAUUCUCAGCCACGGGAUUCUUCUCCAGCAUUUUAAAUUCUGAAUAUGUGACCUCUGUUCACUGCUAUCAGUGCCUAGAUUUCCUCUGCCCUGAUGUCUGGAUUCAGUUUUACCUUCAAGGUGACUUCACAGCCCUAAGGUGAUUGCCCACCUUGAUUAGCCGAAGCCUGCCCAAUGUUCCUAUCUACUCUGUUCAGUCACAUUCCCUGAAAUAAUUCCUGACUUCACUGCAGUCUGUCUACCAGCCCCUAUCUCUUACUUCAGCAGCUGGGCAAGGAGUUUCUCUGUGCCCAGUACAUCAGGCUUCCUUUAGCUGCCUAGUCUUAGAGUACUGAGCAGGACAUCUUUACCUUCCAUGCCCAAGGACAGAGCCUGCUUUGCGGGGGUGGGUGGAGUGGGGUAUAAAUUUGAUUAUAAAUAAAUAAAUCCUAGUACCUGAUCCUUUCCCACUCCCAGUUUGGUCACUCCCUAGCCCUUUUCAGUGUAUCUGUUCAGAGGGAUAUUAUCUAGAUGCCUCCUAACCAGAGAACAUUAUCUAGGCAUUAUUCAGACUUUGCAUGAUAAUACCUAAAACCCCUAUCUUAUUCGCUAAGCUGACUUGGAACAUUAGGUGUUGCUUAAUUCAAAGGAGGCAAGGCUUUCCCCAUCCUAUUGGAAACUGGGCACUCUUGGGUAGCAGUUUCGUUUAGGUGCAUUAUGUUCUUCUGUCCACAUCUGCAUUCUCCAAAUAUCCCAGCACUGCCUCCCCAGCAGCACUGACAGUACCCCAGAUCAGGAAGGGCUGAUCUUAAUCUUCAGCACUUAGUGUCAUAAGGCAUACCAGCUAUAUUUUAGCUUGGAGGACUUAAGGUCAUUGGGCAGAAGUCUUUCUACAGACUUCCAUUUCUACACACAUUGUGCCUGCUCACUUUCUGGAAGCCUUAUAGGACAAGACUGCUGUUUUACACAUGAGGAUAAAAACCUUAACCUUUUAGGUUGUUUGCCCAAGGAAGGAGUCUAUGACGAAGUGGAGAAAUAAACCAAGGCCAGAUGUUUAAUUCCAGAGAUUUGCAUCGCAAAAGAAAUCUCACCCUGCUUCUGAGGUCAGUUCUCAUACUGAGAAUAUCAUACUGAUUGUCCUUUCUGGUGUUCUUAAAACACAUGCAGGGCAGUGGCCAGAAAACUAGGCCUCUUUUUUAAAGGAACAUGUUCACACAUUGUUCAUAACUGCACCUCAUGCUUCAUGUUUUUCAGUUACAGGCGAGGGGUGAUUCUGCAUUGGCUUUUCCCUCCAUUGUUUUACCAAACCCAUGUUGGAACAGAAA